UGAGAGUCUCCUAUACCAGAUCACCCUCAUCAUUACACCAUCUCGUCAUUCAAAACACGUCAUUGGACCACGCUAAGGCACGUGACCGCGCGCUGUGUUCUCAGCACGCUCCAGUCGCACUACUCUCGAAGCCUUACCCUUUCAAUCUGAAGAAGCGACUUCCCCCCGUCAACAACCUCUCUCCGCGCAGGCAAUUUCAGCGUUAUCGAUUCUCCCUACUGCAGUAUAUUAGGUUGGUCAGGGCGAGACCAUUAAAAUAAUGUGUUCUUUGGGAAGGAAAACAAGUCGAGUUUCUGUUGCUGUAUCGCUACAUCAACAAUGAAGUUUUCUGUUAGAUUAGCAGAAUUUUGUGGCACGUGUUUUCUAUUUAAUUAAAGGAGCCUUAACUUGUCAAGGAUAGACAACUAUCAAGGGAGAGUUAUUGGUCUUUACUCGGUGUGAAUUGAACUGAAACCAACAAGUUAUUGUUCUUUAUUCAAGUUAGAGUUAUCGUUCUUUAAUCAAUGUGAAUUGAAUUGAAAUUAUAGUUAUCGUUCUUUAAUUAAUGGGAAUUGAAUUGAAAUUAGAGUUAUCGUUCUUUAAUUAAUGGGAAUUGAAACAAAUCAUUUAUAUCGCGUUUCUACACAUUGAAUAUAAAAAAAAAAACAACAGGCGUAUAAGUUGUGUUGAUUGUAUAGUACUGAUUGAUUCGGCUAAAGUGCAACAGCACCGAUUGAUCGGUGAUCGAUAGGCCAGCAGAUUAAGGCAUCGAUCGACACAACGAAUCAAAGAUGGGGGCUCCCCUAAUCAACAUUUGGUCCUGUACGUGUUGCAAAACAAAAGGCGGGUCUGGUGACGUCAUCUUCAUUUGAACAAAAUUUGACUCCGACAAUCAACCUUGUGGAUUUAGCCUUUCAUUUCAUUCCAUUUUCAGUCACACCUAAGCUCAAAAAUUAUUUUUUAAAUAUUUUUUUUGCGAACCAGUACAUUAUAAAAUCAACAAACAACAAACAAGCAAAUGCAUUUUUUAUCGCAAUUAAAAACAAGCAACACCCUGUUGCAUUAAAAAUAAAUUUCGACGCAAAUCAAAUGUGUUGACCAAUCUGUCAGCUGGAAUAUAAAUCAAACAUUCAUCUUAUUUUUUUUAUCAAGUGGAUCGAUUAAUCAAAGUGCAAUCAAUCUUUGAAGAAAUCGAUACUCCAAUACUAGUAAACACUGACCCGAGGGUACGAGGCAGAUUCGGGAUUUAUCAACAGCGAUGACCGUAGAUCCAUAACCAAAUCAAAUUCAACGACCUCAUAUUGGCAGCAGAUACCGACUUUCUGGGCUCAGUCUUUAGCAGACGAGUUCCUGGCCAGUCUCUGACAGCACAAGUUUGACCAGAAGUUGGAGAAAAAUCUGGCAAUCUUUGAUCACUUGACGGAAAUAUCUCACCUCAAUCGUAAACAAUGACGUCACCGGAAGACAUGACGUGGUACGAAAAGUCCAGCGCGGUGCUGUCCAAGCUGUGUGUUUACCUGGCCACCUGCCCCCUGUGCUGCGACUGUUGGUCCGGCACCAAGGACAAGGCCCCGCCCCAGCGGCUCCACAUACAGCACACGUGCAUGGAGCAGAACCACGGGAGACUAGACUCGACUAGCAGCAACACGGACAGUGUCAAAAGUUACAGAGAACGGAUGGACUCCGAGAACUCCAGGACGGACUCCGUGUCGUCAUCAAGCGGGAUAAGCCUGGAGAGCAAGCGCCACGUCACCCCCAUCAUAGACAUGAAGCCCAUCGAGUUCUGGACGGCCAACAAGGAGAGUGUCCAGCCCCGCUCCCGACGCCGCCACCCCAGCGAGAGCGAGAUCAGCGUGGACAACUUCCAGCGAGAGCUGUACGAGGUGGACACGGAGGAGGAACCGUGUCUGACGGACGAGGAGAAGCUGGCCCAGUUCCAGCUGGGGCAGCUUCACUUUGGCCUCAAGUACGACGUCUCGUCCAAGGUUCUCGUGGUGAAGAUGAUCGAAGCCCGAGACUUACCCCCACCCUACUGUCUCGACGAGACCAAACAAGACAUGGCCCACUCCAACCCCUACUGCAAAGUCUCACUUCUGCCAGACCAAAAGGCUUCCCAGCAGACGACAGUCCAGCGUAAGACACAGGAACCCGUCUGGAACGAAUAUUUCAGCUUCGAUAUCGAGUACCUGGAGGCUCAGGAGCGAACGCUGGAGAUUCUUCUCAAGGACUUUGAUAAGUUCUCCCGGCAUAGACUCAUCGGGAAAGUCUUGUUGCCGCUCAGCACAGUCAACCUGGUCAAGGGGGGUCAUAUGUGGAAACCUUUGUCACCCGGUAAUAAGGAGUGCCAGGACCUGGGUGAGCUACUGCUGUCCAUCAACUACCUCCCGUCUGCUGGUCGCUUGACCGUUGACAUCAUCAAGGCCAAGGGGUUGCUACAGACGGACAUGGUUGGGGGGUCAGACCCCUUUGUUCGAGUGACGUUGGUUCAGCUGGAGAAACCGGUGAAGACACGAAAAACAACCUGCAAGAAAAAUACCAUCGACCCAGUGUUUAAUGAGUCGGUCAGCUUCAACCUCACACAACAGCAGCUUGUCGGAGCCAGCAUCGUGGUCACCGUGUGGGACCACAACUCCAAGUCCAAGGACGACUUCGUGGGCCGUGUGGUCAUCGGGCACCACGGCACCGGCCCGCAGGAAACGCAGCACUGGGAGAGGAUGCUCCAGUCCCAGAGGUCCCCCGUGGCCCAGUGGCACUCUUUGAAGUCUCGCGUGGACUGCGACCAAGUCUCGGUCGCGUCCAUUGCGGUCCCGUAAAAUCAGUAAAAACAUAAACGUUUCUGUUUAUUUAUUUUUUUUAUGACCGAGGAUCGCUGGCGUAAAACAAGUGGCGAAAUAAUCGAGUUCACUCGGAUUCGAUAUGUAAUGUAGAUGUUAGUUGUGCCCCAUGAUGACGGGGUGUAGUUUUCUAACGCGUCAUUGAUAUGUCAUUUGUAAAGGGAAGCAACAGCUGUGUAAAGGGAAGCAACAAGAGCUAAAAAUUAUUAUAUCACCUAACAUAUCAGUUCUGUCAGGCCACAGAUCAUGUAGCAACUGGUUAAAUAGCUCAACAUAUUUAAAAUAAAAUGUUAGGCCUUUUAUUAAUUUAGUGAUGUUUAUAGUAUUAUAACUAAAUAUUGUAGAAGGAGCCAUUUAAAAAAAUAAGCAUACUUAUAAUAAAAAAAAUAAAAGGCAACUCUUUUCUAUCAUAUUUUUUAAAUAUUAAGAGCUUCCAACUUAUGGUAAGAAAUUUAAAGCUGCAUCGUUUGUCUUCUUAAUUGGUCCAUGAAAAUACCUCUUGGUUAUAGUGCAAUUAGUUACGAUACAAUCCUCUUAAAACUGUGUUGUUUUUUUUUUAAACUUUAUUUUCUAUUAAAAAUGGGAUUAAAAUAAUUUGAAGCAAUAUCAGAUAUCAAAAGAUUUUCUAUUUAUAUACCUUGUACAUUUUAAAAGUGAAAUAUAUUAAAAUUGUUUUUCAUAACAUGUGAACAAUAUUUUUUUGAUUACAUUUUCUUUUCAAAAGAAUUACUCGUAAAACGUAUGCUGUUCUUUUAAAAUGUAAAGUAAAAUUUUGAAUCCGGAAUAUUUUUUACUUUCGUAUUUUGCUGCAAGCGUAACAUGUAAAGCGGUUAAUGAAGGAAUAUAUAUGCUUGGAAAUGUAAAGCAAUUUGAGUAGAUUUUGAACAUAUUUACAACAUGUAAAUAGUUCAGAGACUUGUCUUUCAUAUAGAUCAUCUGUUCGUGCGUAUAUUUAUCCGUUUGUGAAUUGGAAAUAUAGUAUUAGAUCAAAGAGUUAUAA